CGAUAAGGAGCCUACUACAUCUUCGACAUAUUGUUCGACAUCAAGAAUAGACACGACUACAACGACUACGACCCUUUCUAACCCAAACCCAGCAGGACCAGCAGAAUCAUUAGAUGAGGCAGCUACAACCGGGACUAGGCCUCCAUCGCGUACGCGAAGUCAAGAUUCUUCCGAAUCCUCCGUUGAUGUAAUAUCUUCAUCUCUUACUAAAACUAAGAGCACAAGUACAGGAAAUAAUAGAACAAGUAGUACAGGCCCUAGCAAUAGGAAGAAGUUCUCGACUGCAGCAGACAGAUUAGACGAUGUCGAGGACCUUGUAGAUGGAGCAAAGAAACUAGAGUACGACAUAAUAAGGCAAUUCGCAGAUCCUGACGAGGAAGAUUUUAUCGAGGCCACGAAGGAGGAUGUUGAUUUCGAACGUGAAGGAGAUGAUCAACAUGAUCAAAAUUAUAAAGGUAAUGGUGGAAGAACAGAUGAAAGUGAGUUAGCUCCAGUAGACGCUUAUAAAACGAAGUUGAGCCCUGCGGACUUGCUAAGGGACAUGAAUACGAGUCCGGAGACUCUAGAUGAAGAUUAUGGGGAGAACCCCGAGUCUGCAGCCGCGGGUGGCGCUGUUACAACAGGACUACAUAAAACGGGACAGCUCGUCGGCAACACGAUCAGCCCUUCCUCUUCUUCCUCCUCUUCCUCUUCCUCCACUAGUAGAGCAAUGACAAUGACAACUUCUAAACAAGAAGGAACUGCAAGAGGACCUGUAGCACCACACGGUGACGAAGGCUUCCUGCAGCCAGGUAGGGGUCAAGCCGUGUGGAUGAAGACCUUCGGUUGCAGUCAUAACGCCAGCGACAGCGAAAUUAUGCUUGGACUACUCCAAGAAGCUGGCUACACGAUCGCGGAUGCGCCAACUAACGCGGACGUGGCAAUUGUGAACAGUUGCACAGUCAAGAACCCGUCUCAAGACGCGGCAGUCAACCUGCUGAAGCAACAGGGACACAACAAACCAGUGAUAUUGACUGGAUGUGUUAGUCAGGCGGACCCGAAAUUAGUGGCCAAUUUGGAGAAGGGCAAAGCCAAUAUCUCAAUCGUUGGGUUGAGUUACACAGCCAAAAUCGUUGACGCGGUGGAACAGGUACUAUGAAGAUGACUCUGGUGCCUAUACUGUUUCUGGCGUUCUUGAGGGGGAUCUGUUGUGCGCUUGGCUACCUCUUGUUCCAAAUCUGGGCUACCUCUUGUUCCAAAUCUGAGGAAGAGCAUGUCGUCCAACUCCAACAUCAAAUCUUCGACUUCAAUUCCAACUUCAAUUCCAACUUCAAUUCCAACUUCAAUUCCAACUUCAAUUCCAACUUCAAUUCCAACUUCAAUUCCAACUUCAAUUCCAACUUCAAUUCCAACUUCAAUUCCAACUUCAAUUCCAACUUCAAUUCCAACUUCAAUUCCAACUUCAUCGUCACCUCCUCUUACAACUUUGUUUUCCCUUUCAGGUCCUUCUCGGCAACCGUGUGUACAUGAUGGAUUUUUUGCAAAAUCCCAAAAAAGACGCUCCCGCUCUGCCCAAAUUGAUGCUGCCCAAAGUGAGGAAGAACCCUUUGGUCGAAAUCAUCGCGAUCAAUACUGGCUGUCUAGGCGAUUGUACCUACUGCAAGACGAAGCAAGCAAGAGGCGACUUGCGUAGUUAUCCGGUAGAGCAGAUCGUGGAAAGAGCCAAAUUCGCAUGGGAAGUAGACAACGUACAACAAGUGUGGCUCACUAGUGAGGACACAGGAGCUUAUGGGAUUGAUAUUGGUACUUUCAGAUCAUGAGUAAACGCCCCUUAUUCUUGUUGAGUUGUAAUAGACAUUUUUCCUACACUCCUAUUUCGGUUACGAUUUCUUCCACUCCUAGUUGAUCUUGGAUGCCUUGUCAAAUCCUGAACUUGAAAUACCAAAUCAUCAAGCCUUAUGCUUAUGAAUUGUUACUCAAAACACAAAGCCUACAACUACAGGUACUUCCAUCGUCGUUUUGAUCGAAGCCUUGCUUGACGUUGCUCCCAAGGGUAAGAUGUUACGACUUGGGAUGACCAACCCUCCUUACAUGGCCAGACACGCCAAGCGCAUCGGCGAAUUGCUGCAGCACGAAAAUAUGUUCGAGUUUCUCCACGUUCCGGUCCAGUCCGGUGCCGAUUUCGUCCUCCAACGCAUGAAUCGCGAGUACACGCGGUCAGUCUUCAUGCGCAUGUGCGACAACCUGCUAAAAAUUUGUCCCGAUAUGACGCUGGCGACGGACAUCAUCUGCGGUUUUCCUGGAGAACGCGACAUGGACCACGUGGACACAUUAGAGUUGAUCAAGAAGUAUAAGUUCGCGGUGGUGAACAUCUCGCAAUUUUACCCGAGACCGGGAACCAAAGCAGCGGAGAUGCAACGAGUGGACACAGCUGUGGUGAAACAGCGGUCUACGGAAGUCACAGACCUGUUUUUGAGCUACACAAGGAACGAAAAAUGGCUACGACGGGGAGCAGGACCUAAUCAUGCUGUAGGAAAGGGAUCUAAUGCUGGUGGAGAGGGCUCGUCUUUAGAAGCUCCCACAGACGCUCCAGUAGUCGCGUCAACCAAGGACACAGACCCAACGAUGAAGCCCACCACGACAGCCUCAGCCUCAGAAAAUAGUUCCUCCACUUCUCCGUCUACUUCCUCCUCUUCCUGCGCUUCUAGUACCACCUCUCCUGGCCUCCUACACCGUGUCUGGUGGUCGGACACGGACUUGAGAAGAGGACAAACCAUCGGCCAUACCAAGCAGCAUGUCAAAGUAGUUUUGUCCCCUCGACAAGACGACCUUCUAGGGACAAAUACACUCGUCAACCUAAAAGCUUGCUCUAAGUGGCAUUUGGAGGCUGACUGUGUUGUUCCUGAAAACGAACAAGUAAAAAAAGUAGUAGCUGCUGAGGAUGCAAGUAGUGUAGCAGAUGAACAAGGGACAGGUAAAAAUACAGGUAAAAAUACAGCUGUCGAGGAGACUACAAAAUCAGAGCCUGAAAACACCAAAGACGAGGUAACAACUCUAGCAUCAUCGGAGGAGCCAGACGUGGAGGUUGUUCCGCCAGCACUAGAGGAACAAGUAGAAGUUGUGUCAGCAAUAGAGCUAGAAACUGCACAAAACGCCGACGCAAGCAGCGAAGAGGACGGACCCCUUGCGGGUACCGUUUUCGCUGCUGAGAUAGCGAAGGACGACGUUUUUUUGUCUCCUGGGUCUGAACUCGAAGAGAUCAUGGAUGAAGAGUCGCCUGCUGAAGUACCAGAAGUAGAAAACCAAGUAGAAGUUUCCUGUCCUAGUAGCUCAAAUACAGUGGACGAGGCGGGGGGAGAUUUUCAGGAGGCUGAGCCUAAGGCGGUGGCUGGCGCUGAGGAGACUGAGGUGGUGGCACUUGUUGAGACCGAAGCGGUGGCUGGCGCUGAGGAGAGUGAGGUGGUGGCACUUGUUGAGACUGAGCCUGAGGUGGAACUUCUCGAGACUCAGCAUCCUGUCGAGCUUCCUGAGCCUGAACUGCAGCCGGCUGAGCCUGAGCUGGAGCAAGUAGAGGAAGCAAGAAUACCAUCGUCUGAUGAAAUCGAGGAAGUCGAACUAGAAAAAGUUGCUGAUGCAACUGCGGCAGAAGCAGAGAAAAUCGAAGAAAUCGAAGUAGAACAAGUUCUUGAUGUCUCUCCCGCAGAUGAGGAAGAAGAUGCCGUCAACGACAAGGAGCACGACAUUAUCGAAGUCGAAGAAAGCGACAUCUUCAUCGAGAAGGAGAACAACGAGAAGGAUUCUCCUGCUACUGCAUUUGAGCUGCUCUAUGGAGGCACUCCUUUAUCCUCUGGGUCUUCUACCUCAAUUACGCCUAGUCGUGUUUUUGAAGCAAGCGCUGUGAAGGAUAACACAUCUUCAUGUUACAACUACGAAGAAGACCCAUCAUCUUUGUCCUCAUCUUGUGCAGUAGCCGCAACUCCUUCUUCUAGCCAAGUAGAGACGGACGUGGUCUCCAUUACAACCACAACAAGUCCUCGAAGAACAAAGGCUCCUCGCACAACAGCCGAGAAGCUAUUUAACAGAAAGAAGGCAUCAGCUUCUGAAAAAAUCGGAGGAACAAGACGGAAGAAGCGAGUAGUUGGAGGUGGGAAAAAGCCUGUAACGUCCUCUACAGGAACAAGCACUGCAGGAGGUGCUUAGCGUGAUAGAUUGAAUGCAACACCAGGAUCGGAACAAGCACUGCAGGAGGUGCUUAGCAUGAGACAAAGUAAGGAUGUCCAGUUUGUCAUGUUAACUACUCUGAAUGAUGUCUUUCUCUUUUCUUCAUCCGAUUGCAAUCCAACUCUCAGAUCUUCAAUAUUAUUUUUGGCAUGAUAGAGAUAGACCACUUAGUAUAAUAGACUUAAACAGAUCCUCACCCACAGCUUCCUCCCUUCCGGUCCCUUGCGCAGCGAACAUUUGACGCAAUAACACUGCUGCAACACCAAAACGCUCGUCUCCGAGGCACAAUAUCAAUCAAAAUCAAUGUGCACUGAGUAU